UUUCUGCCCUGGCUGCACAAAUGUGCUCAAUUAGGGUUAACUCAAACUGAAUCAAACUUCGUGCCUGAGGUUGGAAAUCUUCCCAGUCAACUCACCACAGCCACAUAGCAUGGUGGGAGACAAGGCGAGAGGGGAGAUGAACGCUUUUCAGAGAAACGAAUCCAAGGAAACUUUGUUCACUUUUAUUUCUGCAGGAGAUGAUCCCCCCAAAGGAGAUUUCCCUCUUCAGAAAAAAUCUCCGAAACUCUGUGGCUCCAACUACCCCCUGAGCAUUGCCUUCAUUGUGGUAAACGAGUUCUGUGAGCGCUUCUCCUACUAUGGCAUGCGAGCUGUCCUGACACUGUAUUUCUUAAGUUUCUUCCACUGGGAUGAGAAUCUCUCCACUGCUGUGUACCAUGCCUUUUCCGCACUGUGUUAUUUCACACCUGUCAUUGGAGCCAUCAUGGCAGACUCGUGGCUGGGGAAAUACAAGACGAUCAUCUACCUCUCCAUUGUGUAUGUUGUUGGCCAUCUGAUAAAGUCAGUCGGUGCCAUUCCAUCCCUGGGCAACCAGGCAGUUCAUGUGGUCCUGUCUAUGGUUGGUCUGUUUUUGAUCGCCCUUGGAACAGGAGGUAUCAAGCCCUGUGUCUCUGCAUUUGGUGGGGACCAGUUUGAAGAGGAACAUACCUCAGAGAGAAGCAAGUUUUUUUCCAUCUUCUAUUUAUCCAUUAAUGCUGGAAGUUUGAUCUCCACGUUUGUAACUCCUGUAUUAAGAGGAGAUGUGAAAUGUUUUGGAGAGGAUUGCUAUGCACUGGCUUUUGGUGUCCCAGCGGCACUGAUGGUGUUGGCACUUGUUGUGUUCAUUGCUGGAAGUGGACUGUACAGAAAAACACCACCACAAGGAAAUGUCUUGCUGGAAGUGUGCAAAUGCAUUGGUUUUGCUCUUAAAAACCGGCUGAAAAACCGCUCCCGUGAGAUUCCAAAGAGAGAUCACUGGCUGGACUGGGCUUCAGAAAAAUACUCAAAACAGCUGAUUGGGGAGGUUAAAAUGGUGACUCGUGUUCUCUUCCUCUUCAUACCACUGCCAAUGUUCUGGGCCCUGUUUGAUCAGCAGGGAUCCAGGUGGACUUUGCAAGCCACAAAAAUGAAUGCUGAUUUUGGAAUAUAUGUCCUUCAACCUGACCAAAUGCAGUUCUUAAACCCACUUCUUAUUCUUGUCUUCAUCCCAAUUUUUGACCUUGGGCUCUACCCCCUGAUAAACAUGUGCAAAUUGAAUUUCACACCUAUUAGGAAAAUGGCAACAGGUAUGAUCCUUGCAGGGCUGGCAUUUGGACUUGCAGCUGUUAUAGAAGUCAAAAUAAAUGAAACCGAUAUGCCUCGACUUGUCCCAAAAGAAAGUUUAAUACGGGUCCUGAAUUUGGCCAAGAACCCUGUUCAAGUGACAAUCCAAGACAAGGACCUAUUUCAGCAGCCUGUGGAGUCUUUUCAGAACCCAGCUGAGUACUCAAAAUUAAUAUUGAAUGGAGAGCAACAGAGCCUUAACUUCACCCUGCAACAUCAAGGAUUGACUCUUGCUUUUAACUACACCGUGAAGGAAAAAUCAGUAUACAGCUUAAUUGUUUUUGAGGCAGAAGGAAGCCUAUCAAGCCGCUUAAUUACAGACUUGGAAGCAAAGCCAGAAAAUGGUUUGGCAGCUGUUAGAUUCAUUAAUGGUUUGAGCCAAGAUGUCAACCUCACCAUCGAUAGCAAAAGGUUCAUUGCUGUUCAGAAAAACUACAGUGCUUCUGAGUACUCAGUGCUGGAGAGGGACAUAUAUAAUAAUGGAAAAUGCAUAACUGAAACAGGAGAGUUCCCCCUGGAGCUGGGGCUGCUUGACUUUGGUGCCUCAUACACCAUUGUGAUAACUAAUAUUUCUGGAGGUGCUGUUGAGAAGUGGAAGUCAGAAGACAUCAAAGCCAACAAUGUCCAUAUGGUCUGGCAGUUACCACAAUAUUUAUUGAUAUCUGCUGGGGAGGUGAUGUUCUCCAUUACGGGUCUGGCCUUCUCCUAUUCUCAGUCUCCAGCCAGCAUGAAGUCGGUGCUGCAGGCAGGCUGGCUGCUCACCGUGGCUGUGGGGAAUACCUUUGUGCUCAUUGUUGCUGAGGCUGCACCAAUGGCACAGUGGGCUGAAUUUGUCUUGUUCACUGUUCUCCUCUUUGCUGUGUGCAUUAUUUUCUCCAUCAUGGGAUAUUUCUAUGUCAGUGUGGAUCCAGAGGACCUAGAAGAAAAGGAAGAGAAGAGAGAGACCUCAAGCAGAGGAAACAUGAUUGGUCUUGUUACUCAGAAAACAAAGCUCUAACACAUCAUGGGUUGGGAUUUUUUUUUCAACCCAGUUAUGGGAAGGUGAAAGACGGGUGGGGACAGUGUUAUUUUAUUUUAGAGCAUUGCAGUCUUUGUUACUCAAAAUGUAACCACCUUAUAAAUGGGACCAAAUGGCCCUCUAUAAAAACAAUGGGGGUCCUGAAAUCAGAGCAAAACUCCCUGGGAAAGCUCCUCAGGUAUUAAAAGCCCUUAUUAGUAAUUACAGUGUAAUUUAAAACCUGCCCACCUUUUUAAGCAUGGAAUGCUUUCCUGUGAUUUUGCCUUAAAUGUAUAUUUAGGGCAGCAGGGAGGAAGGGUGGAAGGAAUGCCAUAUGAUACAGAAAUCUGGAAAUGUUACGAGAGAAGAAAGAGGAAAAACUACUGUAGGAAUUAGGGAAGAAUAGAUGUUAGCAACAAGGAUUUUUAAUGCUAUCAUCAAGGACUGUAAGGGUUACACACAAUCCCAGAGGAUUUCAUCAUGUAACUCUCCUUAUGAGUAUUUCAUCCCAUUAUUGCAUGUUAUGAAUGGUUGUGAUUUAUGAUUUUCACCUUCAGGCUCAGAAGUAAUAACAGGGAAUUAAAUUCUGCAGGCUAAAAUAUUCCCAAAACACUGCUGACGAAGACAAGCAUGCUACCACCUCUCCCAUUUUUUUCCCUACAAGUUUUUAGCAACUGAUGGUGUUCUUUGAUUAGACAUGAUUAGAGAAUUGGUUUAUGCUUUCUUAUUUCAGAAUUCCAGACAGUUAUUUGCCAUCUUCCUAUACAUUAAGGCUUUAUUGGGCAUUUCCUUUUACAGCACCUGUCACUGCAAGUUAGGAUAUGGCUGAUUUCUUAUCUCAUGCCUCAGUUAUUCCCCACUGGGAGACAAGUUGCAGUAGUUUCUAUAAAAUUCCAGGCAUCCCACAGUGAGUUAUUUACAAGGAUGCACUUUAUCAUUUUUUUAGUUUACAAGGGGAGACCAUGGCAUAUGAGAUUUUUCUUUUUCCUCCUUGUUUUUCUGUCUCUACCAGACUUUGGAUAUAGCAAUUUCAUUGGAAUUGUGAUAUAAUUGUCUGAUUUUCCUCAAUUGUGUGAAGCUGUGAUUUUAUGUUCUGCAUAGGAGUAAUUCAACCACUGCUGAUCUAGUAGAACUCCUGAGAGAGUCCUGCCUUCCUCUGUCACUUCAAGGCCACAGUUGUAACAGGUCUGGCCUAAUUUAAAACAAGGUUGUCAAUAGGAUCUUCAGGUUCACAGAGAAUAUAUUUUAAAUUUGGCAUUGGCCAUAGGUGGUCGCUGAUACUUGGAUUCAGGAGAUCACAAAAUACAUGUUUAAUUCCUGUUCAGGACAGUGCUAGGAAAUACACUUAGUUUGACACCUCAGCUCCUUUGAUGUGCUGUGUGUAUGUAUCUUCUUGAGUAACACUAACAAAACACAGCUUUUUGGUUUUAACUCACAGCCUAAGAUUGCUCUCUCUGCUUCCUGUCCUAAGUGGGCAUGGACUUUCACCACUAGUUCUGCAUAAGCUCCUGCCUGCUGUGAAGUAGCAUCGGGGGUUGUGCCAGAGGGGGACCAUGGUCUCAUCAGAUAAAUGAGAAGAGGCUGCAGAUGUGCACGCAGGAGCACUUGGGAUGGUUCAGUCCAUGCAGAGACAUUUAUUAAGCUGUGGUGGCUGGAUCCAGGCAGCUGAACCCUGCAACUCCAUGCAGAAUGAAGGACAUUGAAAGCCACCAAUUAGGUCAUCCAACCUGCUUCUCAGAAGCCAAAUGAGGAUUAUUCCCCUCUGUUCUUUCUGGUAUUGUUCUCCUGCUGUGAUUUCUUUGUGUGGGUUCUUUCUCCUCCAAGCACUGUUAUUUUCCUAAUCCCAUUUUAUGACACACUGUGAAUCGGCUCAGAGGCUGCUGAAUCACUCUGCUGUGAUGCUGUUUGACCAACUUCCAAUUUGAAGCACUAAUAGAAAGCAUUUCUUCCUCCACCCAGUGCAAACAAAACAAAAAUCCCCAAACUGAAGGAAUGGCCAGACUCCAGUAACACUGAAAAAACAUAAUUUAGAAUUAUUGGAAUAUUUAAUUUUUUAUAAGCCUUGAAUUUAAAAGUAUGUUGGGGUUCGAGGGCAUAUGUGGUUUAGAGACAAAUGGAAAUUAUUGAAGCACUUUCCUUGGGAAGCAUUGGUAAGCAGUUCAAAGUUGCAUGAGGGAAAGCAAGGUAUCCAGAUCUCUAAGACUACAUAUGCUUGAGAACCUCCUGAUUUUUUUUUAUUUCCUUAUUGGUGACACUACCAGAAGCUGUCACAGACUCUGAGCUUAAUUUAAAGGAAUCAUUCCAAGCUCAUAAAAGAUACAUUUAGGAUGUCAUCUGUAUCUGCUUUUUAGACUCUUGAUGCCAAAUUGCCCCUUUCCAAACAUCUCCAUGUUCCAAACCAUCACCAUAAUGCUGGGGGAAGGAAAAAUUGCAAUACACAGUUGGGAAAAUUAUUAACAGGAAGGCCAUGCUAACAUGAGGCUGGGGCCUGCUCCUGCAGCCCCUACCAGGAAUUUCUUGGGGGACUGUAAGGCUCUGUUCACAUUUCUCUCAGAGAUGAACCGGUUAUUUCUUCCCACCUGCUCAUCAUCACCUAUUGGAAGCUUUUUCCUUCUCUGAUCUGCCUGCUUGGUUGCUGGUAUGAUCCUUCCCCACUGCUUCAGCUGCUGUUGUAGCUUUGCUAAAUUGGACCCAUUUAUUUGGAAUGCACUAGCACUUUGGAGGGAUUUCCACUGGCAUGCUCACAACCAGCCAGGAGCAGGCUGGGGGCUGUAACAAUGAGCUGCCCCUUCUGUUGCUGGAGAAGGUGGAAAAAUAGCACAUUCAGCAUAGCACUUCUCCAGUUUUAGAGCCACAACUCCAUCCUUGGAAGCCUUGCAUCACUUUCAGAUGGACUCAAGACUGGAUCAAAGGGUUGAGACUUGAUUCCAUGGAGUAAUGAAGUCUCUGGGUUUUUCUUCCAUGUGGUCAGAGAUGGGGCCAUGCUCAGCUCUUUAUACCCAAUUUUAGAAAAAUAUUCUUUAUUCCUCACAAUUCUUUGCUUUAGGAUCACAGGGAGGAACCAAAGUAGUCACAGUUUAUGUAAAGCUGAAUGAACCUCUACAGAGAAAUAGCAACCUGCUGCCUGUCCAGCUUCACCUGUCACUGAAGAUUCUCAGCUGUUGGUGAAACUUUCCCUGGCACAGAUUAGGGAAAGCUCACUCCAACUGACCUAGAGGAAUUAUCCUCUCUAGCUGAGGGACAAGGAUGAAGUGGUGGGGAGCUGUAGAUGUGUUGCGGCACAAACCUUCAUGGAGAUUGCAGGGGUUUGGCUUUGCUCUGUAAGUAUGUGUGUGUUUAUCUGUUUCUCUGAAAGGUGCUUUCUGAGGAAGAUUUUUCCACUUAGCAGGUUGUAAGUGUGACCAGUGUUAUUUCCAAUUUUCCAUGAGAUAAGCAUAAAAAUGAGAUUUCAAAAUGAGCAAAACAACAUUGCUGUCAGUUCCUUACAUUUACCUCUUUCUGAGGCAGUCAAAUGCCUUUAGGUAGCAAGUUCUCUGUACAGCUUAAGGGGCUUGCAUCUCUCUUUUCUUCCAUCUUCCUUUCACUGCAAUCCCAGAAUUCCAGAAGAUGAGCCCUGGGAGGGCUGCAUGGGACUAGCUUGGAUGCAGCUGGUGUGUGCUGUCACCACUGACUGGGAGGAAGGAGCCUGGCCAGGUCAGGAGCUGGUUCCUCUCUGGAUACCCAAAUGGGGCCUGGCAAAGUAGACUGAGGCAGGGCUGGCCCUGGUGGAAGUUGUGAUUCGCUGGGCAAUGACCUAGGUGUGAGUUUUAAUGUGAAAGUGAAAUGUAAGUGAGUGAAAGAAAAGGUUUUCACUUCAUUUGGCUUUGGCCUGAGGCAAGGAAGCUGCAGACUGAUGGGCAGGGAGGAAACAAAGGGCUGUUUGGUCAAGGUCUUCCCAAUUCCUCAAUGAACAGCUGAAGUUACAUUGAAUUAAUUGCAGAGAAUAUGAGAUGAGAGAAGAGGAAAGCUCAGAUGAUUAAACAGUGGAUGAAUUCAGGUGUUUAAGAUGAACACUCUCCUAGCUGGUGGUGAAGGGCCAUUGGGGGAGAUGGUCACCCAUGGUUUGAAAAUGGUUUUGGCAUUCCAGAGUACUGAAAAAACCAGCAUGAAGACCAGCACUGGUGGAUCUGCACUGACCAGAGGAGGAGGUGGCUUUACCCUGGCAAUGUCCCCACCAUCCAUGGGAGCCACCACCUUGGCUUAGCCGUUGGGACAGGGCAAACAGCUGAAUGUCAUUACAGAUGUGAUUAGCACAGGAGGGAGAGCUACAAUUAGGGGUGGUUAACAAGUUUUAGCCAGAGUCAUACACAGAAGGAUAAUCUCCAUUUUUCUCUCUCUGCACGAAUUUCUUUUCUGAGCUACAAGAACCACUUUCUAGCAAAAACUGCUUAAACUUGGGAGAUCAGCGCCAUGGCAGAUACCACAGCUGCUGAAUUUUGGAUGGUACCAGAGUCUGCAUUUCAUUAUCACUACAUUCGUUAUUGUGAUACAAUUUUAAAACAGCAUUUAAGAGAUGCAUCCGGUCCCAGAUGUUGACAGAUCUGGCCAGGAUUUUGCAUGUUGAUAGCUGGAUUCACUAGCUGUUGAUAGCUAGUCUUUCAUGCUCAUGUGUGUGAUAAACCUCUCAUGUACAAGUAGAUGUGGGGCCUUUAGAGUUCUCCAGCAAUUUAGAAAAAAAGCCCUGAAGUUCCACAUGAAGCUGGCUAGACAUGAACUGGGGCAUUGCUUCCUUGAGGGAGCUUCCCAUGUGCUUUGUAAAGCAGGGACCCUCAUUAAUCUCCUGCAAAGUGCUCCCCAGAGAGACAAAAAUGGGAGACACAAACAUUUUGCCUUGAGAAGGGCUCGUGUUGCCUAAUGGAAAUUGCAUGAAAAAAAAUAAUUGCUUUGCUUAAAAUCCCUCCUUCCUCACCAUCUCACGUGGACAACAAGGAAGGAAACAGUUUCCUACUGAGCUUUGUAUCAAGGAGCUGAUGCAUCUUUUCAAAGGCUUUCAUGCUGUGUUUUGCCAGCAGAUCAGCAUUAACCUGGCUCCAGUACCUGUAGAUCAGAAGACUGUCAGGAUGCAGAACAGCCACACAGCAGGCUCCCACAGUCUGCUGAUCAACUCUGAUCUCUUCAUUUUUAAUGAAUAGUUGUAGCAGUUAAACUGCAGGGCUCAGUCAGUCAGAAUUGCUCUAAAAUUAGGCCACAACUAAGGACCUGAGAGAACUGUAAUCAACAAGAUAAAUAGCUAAAGUCUCAAAAACCUGCUAAACCACUGACUUAGUGCUUAAUUAAAAUUUUAAUAUGCUUACAGAGAGUAAAAAUGUAAACCUGAAUUUAGCAAUUCAGUCAGAGCAAUGAGGAGCUGUAGCUGGAAUCCACCAAUGUGACAACUGGCAACCAAGAUGAAGAUACACAAAUCAAGCAAACAUCCCUCUUUAGAUUAUUUCUUGUCAUUGCAUACAUUGUACAGUCUGCUUUGCCUGUCCUGUUGCAUCUACCCUUGUGUGUAAGGAAAAGAACUGACUUGCCAUGUACCCCUUCCAAGCUGCAGCUUGGUUCUCCUCUUGUUGAAGACUCCCAAGUUAGCUCCAAAUGACUCCCUCUGCUAGCAGUCAGCCCCCCCAGUCCCACAUGCUGAUCUUCCCUCCCCACAAGUCACUUCUCUCUGAUGACUUUGCCAGCCCUCAGGACCAUGCUUAUUCCUCCACUCAUGCAGCCUCUUUGCUGGCAGCAACAGCGUGUUUGUUUGGGAGCUGUCCUGGACAAUGCUGCCCACUUUCCUGCAUCCAGAAAAGCUGCUGACCCACAGGAGAACUGUGUCUGGGCAGAGACCACGCUGAGCCAAAUGUCUGGGUGGUAACAGCAUCUGCCCUGGCUGCUUUGCCUCUGGCUUUUUGUCACAGCUUUGUAUGCCCUGACACAUCUUCUGUAGGCAAAGCAGUUCAGAGCACAGGGGUUGUCCAGCAUCUCCCUCCCACCUAUCCUGUGCCUGGUUAUCUGCCCAUAGUCAGCCUUUGUGCUGUGCCAAGUCAAGACACAGGACUUCUGGACUGACACACUGCUGUCAGCAGCCCUGGAGCAUCCAUUGGUGCUGCCUGUGGCCUCAGACUGCUUACACAUUAUUUAUGGCCCAGCCCUGCCCUGCCAGCCAGUUUGAGAGUCUCUUGCACAGAAGUGAGAGAAAGCCACACAGGCUGUGUCCAUCUCAGCAAUGGUGUGUGGUCAGUGGGCUGCCUUUGCAAUCACAGACCUGCCAUCAGCAUGGAAACAGCAGCUGGUGGAAAGGGGCAGCUCCUCUGUCACCAGUGCCAGCUGGCCAGGAGGGCUGGCUCUGUGGCCAUUCCAGGCUUGGCCUUUUAAAAGUCAGUGUCAAUGUUCUGCUGAGAGCCCUGUCUUAUCACUGUGUAUUACCAUGUGCUGCCAGGCUUCAGCUUCUGAAUCUGCAUCCUGGCAGGGCACUUUCUGCUCCUUCCUGGUCUACUUGUCCAUCCCCAGUGACCAGGUGUUGGGUAAUAACUGGCAUCUCCCAGAUCUUGCUGUUCUGUGUACCACUCACAAAUGAAGUUUCUUCAAAUGGAAGUGAAUUUACUUGGAGCUCUGACUCUACCCAAGUCUGCUUGGAGCUGCUGGGAACCUUUGUUCAGGCUCUUUCACUGUUUAACCUGUGCAUCAAAACACUUCCCAAGCAGCCUUCAUGCUGUCCUCACCGAAGAAAGAAACCUCUCAAAGUUGCCAAUAUGGAUUUUUCCUGCCCAAGUUAGAGGUGUGACAGGCCAGCAGGAAUCCACCAGGCACCAGGAGCUGCUGUCUUUCAAAAAGACAAACUGCUGUCAGUCACAGUGGCUCCCCACAUGCAGUCCAGCUCCUGCUGUGCCCUGAGCUCAGUGAAUGCUCUGAUGCCUCUUGGGGGCUGCAGCUCCCAGGUCCAGCACUGGCCAGCACAUCUGUGUGCCAGUCAUGGGCUGCCAGUGCCAGCUUUGCUUCCUGACACUUUAUACAACCCAAAAUCUGCAGAGCAAAGAGAAGACAGUUCCCUCUUUCCAUAGAGUCUAUUUAAUUUGCACUGCUCCUUUCUCACCACAGCCAGCAUCAUCAGCGCCCUGUUAUUUCAGGGAUGGCCAAGGAGCUGUGCAGUCUCCCAGCUCACCACUUGGAGCAAGGGGACGUUUGGGCUUUCCCACUCUGCCCACCCACAAGCACCUUCCUGGAAGCUCUCCUCAGAUUCAGGUCCUCCACCUCUCCAAAGAGCACCUCCCUGAUGAGACCAAGGAUUUGACAUGUUUUUAACCAGUCAGUCCUUUUGUGGAGUUAGCCAGCCUGGGUAAUGUUUGCACUUUACCCUCUGCUGUCUGCUGGUUGUGGAUUUACUUUCGGAGCUAAUAGCACUGUUUUUCUUUACAUUUUCUCCCCAAAGGUUGUCCUGAACCACCUGCACUCUCUGUAUAAAAUAAAUAAAUGGCCUUGGCUGUUUGCAGGUAGAUGUUUUAUCCAUCUUCCACCAAAACUUUGAUAGUGCCAUGAAGAAUCCCUCUGCACUAGUGGUGCCAGCACAGUCCUUUACAUCCCUACUGGAGGAUUUCUUUGUUCCUUCCUUAUACCAUCCUUUUGCAUGUGCUGCUUGUAACCAAAGGGCUUGUGCUCCAUUUCUCACAGCCCACAGCACUCCUUGCUUCUGUAAUGCAGGCUCCGAGUUCCCUCUUCCAUUUGAGCUGAAAACUAUUAAAGGCCAUUGAGAGCUUCAGAACCAGCUGGGUUUUGUCUAGCAACAUUUUUUUUUUAAUUCUUUUUUUUCCCCCCACUGUGUUCACAUCCAUCACUUGCAGCUCGGGAGUGAAACACUGCUCCAGUCUUGUCCUGUCAACUCUCUCAGGAGAAGGCUGGGCUUUUAGCUUUUCCAUUAAACCCUUAUCUGUGAUGUCUUUGGUCCUAAUGUUCUUUGUUCAGCAUCCCUUGAAGCCAGGGAUUUUGGUUUCUUUCUUUGAGUUUUUACUUCAGUUUGCUCAGCAUUUUUUAGCUGGUGUCACUGUAUUACACCUCCUGGGGUCCACUGACCUGUUGGGCUGAAAAUGAGCAGAGAAGUCAUCCCAGUGGUUUUAAAAGAUGCUCAACUCUGAAAGAUUUGAGCUUCUUUAAAGCUUAGGGAAGAGCAGGCACUUUUUCAUGCAAAGGUGUGUUUUUCAUGCUUACUGCAUCCUGCUCUGUCUGGGAGGGGAUGCUGCCAGGUCAGAGCAGCUCCACCAUUCACAGCACUUUGUGCCUGCUUUCCUCUGGCUCUGUAAUUCCUAGCUUGGAUUUCUCUGCUCUUGGCCUCUCCUUGAUGGGUCUCUCACAGCUGUGAUAUGCACUCAGAGGUAAAUAUUGCCUCCAGCAAUUUAUUUUACCAGUCUCAUGUUGUUGCUUGUGGUGACACCAAUCAUGGGAUUUAUUUUGCCUUUUCAGUCUCCACUCUUUUUCCAGGUUUCUGCUGUGAUUUCUCUUGAUCCAGACUGUCAAGCUCUUGCCAAUUUUAUCUUCCUCCUCAUGGCUUCCCAUUAACAAUGCUGUACUUGGAGUCCAAGUGCCCUUCAUGCCCCAAAUCUGCAAGAUAAGUAAACUUAGAAAAUCAUUAGGGUGGACUUUGACCGCUCCUGUCUCCAUCAAAGACUAGGAUUAAAUUAAGUCCCUUUGAUAAACCGAGCUGAUGGGCCCAUUUGGAGUGCACGUGUGGUAUUAUGAGCCUCGCGGGACUUAUGAUUAAAAGACACGAGAGAACACAAUUAUAUAGAGAGCUACCAGGAGAUUGCUGUACCUCACUAGUCACUUCUUUAUCAGAACAAAAGAAGAGUCCAAUUCUCCAGGGCACAGGCAGCUCCUGGGAAGUGUCUGCGGGUCUCUAAUUGCUGCAGGAGGUGCGACUCCCGCUUUGAUGUGUGCUGUAACACUGCGGGAGGGUGCUGGGGAGAAAUCCACUCCAACCAUUUCUGUCCCCAAGGCACUUGGUCCAGGACUGAAACCUUCCACACAGCUGGCUUCUUUAUCUCUUUUUAUGGUUGCUUGUUUUGUUUUUUUUUUUUCCCACCAUAAACUGCAGUUGCUUUUGCAGCAAGAUUGAGCUCAGCUGGGUUUCUUUGCUGGACUGUGAUCACAUCCUGACCAGCACAGGGAGCUCGGUGCAACCAGGGCUGACUCCCUGCAUCAAAUCUUCAAGGCUGGGCUGGGUCCUGACCCAACAGGAAAAGUCAUGUUAGCGUAGGCUCUGCAGCAAGCCCUGGAGAUGAGCGAUGUCUGACUGGACACCAAUACAAUUUUGCCUGUUCUUUUUUUUUUUUUCCCCUCAGGGUCAGGCUAUUGAGUCAGGGCUGGAUGGCAUAUGUAAUUGCAGCAAGGCUAUUUUUCUCAGUUUUUUUUUUUUUUUAAGGAACAUUCAUGCUGCCUUUUAAUUACAACAUUUAGAACAUGUCCAAAUAGCUUGAGCUCAAAUUGAUCUUGUUUUUCAGCCAGGAAGCUUGUUUUUCAUCUAUUAUUAUAAUAAAUGUGCUAUUGAUAAUAGUUUAGGUGCAAUACAGCAAAGCUCUGUGUUAUGCAUCAGGUCUGGAGGCUCAAAAUUUUCUUAUUAUCCAUUACUGACAUGACAGUUUACAAAUAUUUAACAAACAAAUUACCAGGUUUUCCUUGUUCCUUCUUAGUUUGCAGUCUCAGUCCUUUUGACAGCUGAAUUCGGGAUUAAUGACAAUCUUGUUUAAGAUGAUUGUUUGCUAGCAAACAGGUUUAUUCUCUAAACCUACAAGUAGAGUAGGAGAACUAACACUGACACUUUGAAUUAAAUCUCAUCCUAAAAGCAAAUUUUUUAGCUUUAUUCCAUCCAGUUCUCCGAAGAAGAAAUUGGAUUUGCCUGGUAAAGUGCUUAGACCUGUUAAUAAUUUUUUAGUUUAUGUAGUAAUUUUAAAUAUAGACACUUAACAUGAAGGGCUGACAAAAGCAGUAUUUUUAUUCUGCCAGCCCUUAGCUUGCUGGGUCUAGUCAGGCUGUAAAUGUUUUAAAAUCCUUUCUGAGCACAAGCAGGGGAGCAAAGAGACCACCUUGACCCUCCAUGGAAAAGAGAGAUCCAGAAGGACAAGCUGGAUUUGGUUCUCUGUAAAGCACUGGAGGCAGCACAUGGAAACAUUGAGCCCAGGUCCUGGGAGUGAUAAAAUACAUCCCUGCUUUGCAGCAGCUUCUUCUCCACCUGCUCCAGGUCCGAGCCCGGGGUGAAGGGCAUAGAAAGGGGGGAUGGCCAACAUCUGCCUGGGAAGGUUGCUGCUGCUGUGGAUGGCUGCAGGUGAAGCAAGGAAGGUACUACACCCCCUGGGAAAGCCUGAUGCUUCCCCAGGGGAAUCAGGGGCAUCUUCUGGGAGAAAGCACAGCACUGGAAUAGAGACUGAAAGAAUGUGUGAAGCACCCCCUUCAGAGCACGUCCUGGGCACUGGGCCAUCCCUGCCCUGUGGUUUCUGAUCUUGGGCUUUGCAUGCACAAUACAGGAAUUCACUGGUGUGUGGGCCUGGCUUUGGAGAUGAGAAGUGAAUUUGUUCUUAAGAAAAAUCACUCAUUGUUGGCACAAAAUCUGUGAGUUGGGUUCCCCAAGGGCAUAGUGUUUGAAAAUCACAGAUGAUUAAAAGAUAACACAUUUGAGGGUUAGUUUUGUUUUGUUUGGCGUUUUGCCUUUUUUUUUUUUUUUUUGGCUUAGUUUUUGUUGUUGUUUGUUUGUUGUUUUGUUGUUGUUUUUGUUCUUGUGGAAGGUGUUUGGUUUUUUGCCUUUUGGGUAUGACAAAUUGAAUGCCACACUUAAAUUUCUCCACAACUGACCCGGCCACAAAUUUUUUUUGUUUUAAUGCAAGAAAAUCUGAGACUCUGCUUAAAAGAGGAGGCCUCCCACCUGAGUUCUGAAAUACCAAAUGUCACACUAGCAAAAAUGACUUGGCAAGCUUGAGUGUAGUUUAUCACAUCAAUCUUAAACAAAGAUAAACCAAAUCAAAUCAGACUUGAUGAAACCAAAUAAAAACAUGCUUGGCUAGAAAUAA